AUGGGGGGCAAGACCCCCAUGGGUUAUGCUGAUGGGAGCCACAGCAAGUCUGGCUCCCAGCCAGUUACUGCGUCGGAGCCUCCAAAGGCAUUGUUGUUGACCGCCGCUGCGCGCAUGGCUGAGGUUGCCGGACUGAAGCGCGACCUGGGGCGGGUCGAAGAAGAGCUCGACCUCAUGAAGAGGCAGCUCGAGGACAACAAAGUCUCCUUCACGCUGCAUCUUCCCUUGUUUUUUUGCAGGCCAUCUAUAAGGACAGGUGCGCUCAUGUCGCAGGAACCGGAGCGUGCGGCGAUGGCGGCCGCGUCCGGCGAGCUUCCGCCUGCUGCUACAAGGGAGAAGAAAGAUCCGGGUUUUGCAGAAUCCUCUCCGGCGGUCCCGGCCAUGGCGGCCGAAGAUGGGUGGUCCACGCUUCCGGGCGACCUCGUCCGCCGCAUCGCCGACUCCUUCCUCGACGACAACGACCUCGACUGGUACAUGGACUACCGCGCCGUCUGCACCGGCUGGCGCGCCGCCACCGACGACCCCCGCUUUCGCUCGAGCCGGUGGAUCGUCCUCGACGAGGCCUGCCAGAGCCAAGGGAAUCUGCUCCUGUUGAACACCCACACCGGCCGCUUCCUCCGCAAGAAUCUUCUGCAGGUCGGCGACUACCACGUCGUGGCCACCACUCUCGACGGCUACUUCGUUCUCGCAGAAAAAACCGCUCCUCACGCCGCCCGCGUCCUCAACCCUCUUACUGGCGCCGUGAUCCGUUUCGCGGCGCCCGUGCCCCCCGAUGUGGGAAUUGCUGAUGUCAUUUCCCCCCACGGCUCUUCGCUCCGGCUCGCCGUGUUCUCCGACUCAUCUCGCAAGGCUUACUCGGCGGCUCCUCACAAUAACAGUUUCGUCAGAUACAACCAUAACCAGCCAUCAGAUUACGAUUUCUACCGGAAGGCGGUCGUGGGUGGUGUCUACGCAAGCUUUUCUGAAGCAUCCGUUGUUCGUGAGAUGAUUAUUUGCUUAGGCAAAUUGCUGCCGGUUAAUCUUGCUCCUGUGACCGAGGUUUUCUCCCUUGAUCUUCCUGGGCAUGGGUACGGCAUGCGGUGUUUCCUAGUGGAUUUGCAUGGGCAUAUAUGUAUCGUCAUGAAGAUCUUGAAUCCACAGGGAGUCUUGGCUCUCUUUGCUUACCAAUUUGACACCGAGACAGGUAUCCUCUGGCGUCUGAAGACCACAGACAGAUAUGCGAUCUUCAUCGGAGACCACAGGUGCUUCUCCGUCGAUGUUGAUGAGUUCCCAGGAACUGAGCCAGACUGUGUGUACUACAUUCAACAUUUGGGUUCGUCCGCUCAUAUCAGCAAGUGCAACAUCAAGGACAACAAAAUAGAGAGGAUCUCUGAAGCUGCAGAUUUUGUGAAGCAGGACAACAAGUUUGUCCUGGUCGCUGACCGUCCUUACACCAUCAUCCACCUUCUCGCCAGCUACACCAUCAACAACCCGGAUUCUCAACUGGCCUUGCAACAGAUUCCAUAA